CAGAACAUCUGCAGAAUGCAACACUACCAUGUUCAUUAUCACCAGUAAUGCUAUUAUAACCGGUAAAUUAGAUAAAAGAAUAUAUCAAAAGAACACAAUGUUGAUGCGCAUUGAAAGGCAUUGUUCAAACGUCUUUACAACAGCCCCGAGAAAAUUGUCUGUUUUAUGGAGGGAUUUAGAUGGUGACAAUAGGUGACUUUGAAAGACAUACAAUACGGUUAUGGUCACGGGUUGAUGAUCUGGACAGAAACUGAAAUUAACAGCCCGGAAAAAGAAACUAGCAUUGUCCAUUACUAGUGUGGAUCAAUAUCAGGAAAUUCGUGUGCUGUCCCUACAAGAAACUUACAAUCGAAGGGAUAUGCCAAAGUGACCUGACUAAUGAAGUUCAUGAGCCAGCUUACAUAUAGCAGAUAGAAAAUUGUCCUUUCAUCAGAGUGGAUAUUGUAUGUCAACCCUAGAGAUUGCUUUUGUGUUGGGCAUGCACGAAAUGAACAUCCUGAAAUCAGCUAAUAGCGCUUGAUCUGAAUUUUCCACUCCUAAAAUCAGUUUUCGGGGACAAACUGCCACUGAUUGAUGCUGUGUCUUUUGCCAUGUGAUUUAGACCUUACAGCAGCAGAAUUUUUUCAAACCUAAAACAAUUGAGCCAAUAUGCUUCCGAAGCUUGCUGAUCCUUUUGGUUAAGAUGUGAAAGAUGCGAACAGACUCCAGCACCAUGAGUCGAGCGGCAGUCACUAAACACAUGAACCUGGAGCAUCUCAGCGAUGCUGAGUGUGAGAAGAUCCUGCAAGUGUUGCAGAAAGAUUUCGAAUUGCGGGAAAAGGAAAAAGAACGUCUUCACAAAAUCGAGGAAUGUUUAAAAGAGGAAGAGGAAAAAACUGAGGUGAUUGCAGUGAAAACCAAGCUGAAUGAGGAGGUGUGUGUCCGAUGCUGCCAGAAGUUUGGAAUCAUCUUCAAUCGCAAGCAGCUCUGUCUUGUCUGUAAACACUAUGUCUGCAAACGUUGUGCUGACUACAAUGACAGUGAAAAGGGCUACACCUGCCAUGCCUGCAUCAAAGAAAGAGCUGAGAUCGAGGAACAAGAAAGGGAUUUGAAGCUGAAAUCUUUUGAAUGGUUUUACAACAACGUCAGUCAAAAAUUCAAAAGAUUCGGGAGUGCCAAGGUAGUGCGGUCCUUGUACAAACAGAGAGGAGCCCGGGGGAGAGCUUAUCACAGAUGUUGUGAAAUAUACCCCUUUGAGUUGUCGUCUGCGAUGUCAGGUGAUGUAGUAACAGAGUACACUUUAUGGAGGACGCUCCUUGCGGACAAUGAGAGUGACACUGGCUACGACCCCAAUUUCCUGACCUCUCUCAGAUCAGGGUCCCAGCGGGGAGGAGGAGGAGGAGGGGGGUUCUCCGCCCCUGAAGAUGGAGGAAGGGACGAGGAGAUUCUCGGUGCCAACAGUGAAGGGGAACCAGAAAUUGAGUCCAUAGGGCCAGCUCCCUUUACUGCCACCACCAACACCACGCGAUCUCGUGCAUCCUCCGUGGAAACUCUGAACCAUGACAACAAGAAAAGCUUGUACAGCAACAACAACAACCAUGCCAGCAGCACAGCAGAAGUGCAAGUCGACAACAUCCCCAAGGAGAAAAGUAAAGAAGAUAUAUACAAAGAAGCAUUUGAACAUUACAAGGGAACAGAAGAGAAGAAGUUCAACUCUAAAUUUGGCUCCCUGCUCCACGAUCUACACCAGUCUUUGGAGCAGCCAGUUCUGAGUGGAGGGUCUAGCUAUGGAAGUACUUCAUAUGGAGAAGUUUUGGAGAAAUACAGAUCAAGGUUACGGGAACUCUUGGUUGGUGUCUCCCAGCGACUGGAAAUGGCUGUCGAAAGUUUUGAUAGUACCCCAUCACAAUCGGCCACAGACACUGUCCAGAAGGUGAAAAAAAUUGUCUCCAAGCUGGUGGAGGAGAGUUUUGGAGAAUCUAUUGAUGUUACCUCUGAUGAAGCUGUGUCUGAUUUGUCCUCAUUGUCGGACGAUUCCUGCGAUCAUCAGGUGAAAUCAUUCGAGGAUCAACUCGCUCAUGCUGUGGUUGCUCGGGUGUUAGAAAACUUCAGUAGGGAUAGAAAUAUAGACAUUCCCUUAGACUUUAUUGAUGGAAACGCUUUAACAAACCAAGUGUCCGAUAGUAGAUCUCAUGGCUCGGACAAUAAAUCUCAUCCAGAUCUCGCGAGUAGAUGUGCCUCAUCAGAUGACGAGAACAGUGUUGUGACUAAAAUCGAGCACCGCUCACCGUCGGGUGGAUUCAGUGUUGACGAUUUGGACGUGAAUGAGUAUUCUAGUGACUCUGAACUCAGACUUCACUCGGCAGAUUCAGAUUCUAGGAAGGGAUCAAGGCAAGAUAGAGACGCUAUAGACAGUAGUUAUGAAGUGAUCAGUGUGCAUGAGUUGGAGGGUGAAAAUUCAGCAGAAGCAGAGGAGGAUCUAGUUGAUGGUCAGGGUGUGGAUCAAAGACUUUCAGGGGAGUUUAGGGAAGAAGAACCAGAGUUAAAGGAGGAAGAUAUAAUAACCACAGAAAGUGUUCAACAAACUCACAACAGACAACAAGACUUAGAGGAGCUCAAACGCAUCGCCAAAGAUAUUAACUCUCCUCGACGGAAUGUACAGUGUCAUGAUAUUCAGGAACAGAUUGAAUUUGACGAGGAGCCUAUAGAACCUGUGAUAGUGAAUAGGGACGAGUCAAAGAGUGAAUUUGAGUCUCGGUUAUCCACGUACGAUCGGUUGCACGACACGGACAAGUAUUCAUUUCCGGACUUCUCCGAGGAUUUUGAGGAUAACGAGUUCUUUCAAAACGAGGUAGACCCAGAUCUGUUAUCCAUGAAUCUUGCUCCGAUUCUUGAGGAGGAUGAGGAGAAUUAUCAAGAGGAGGAUGAGGAGAAUGAAGAAGGAGCAUCUCUUCACCCCAGGAAUUCUGAUGACAAGAGUUGGCGUGACAACUGGAUCUUUAACAGAUCUGGCCUGUCGUUUAACUCCAGCCUGGGGGGUGGGGGUCUGGCGGGCAGGACUCUAGACGAAGUGUACGUCACCGUGCCUCAGCCUGAUGAUGACAUCACAGCAAGAGUGGGAAACAGUGCUUACACGGAAAAGGGAGAACUCAGGGAUGUGGACCAAAUGUCUGAUGACCUUUCCGAAGGUCACGAGGAUCUUAUGGACGAUGAGGUCUCCUUCUUUGCCAAAUCGGUAGAUGAGAUUGCCAGGAUUACGACCCGGAUGACCUCCUCCUCCCCCUGUCUCCGCCCCCACUCCUCCACCAGCGUGCAGACGGUGGAUUCAGACACAUCCUUGGAAACCUCAGUCUCCCUCCGGUCCAGCAUCAGUAAGGCAGAGCCCACCUACAUUGAGGAGCUGAUUCCUGCCGAGGGGGAUGAUCCGAAGUUCGAUAUUCCACCAGAGAGCAUGACCGUAAAGGAAGGAGAACCAGCCAAGUUUAGCUGCAGAGUCAGUGGAACUGAACCCAUAGAGGUGAUUUGGUACAGAGUAGAAGACGGCGAGUUGCAGCAGUUGGAGGACUCGGAGGAUUAUGAGUUUACUCGCGAUCACAACAAGCAUGGUGCUACUGUCUUUAACACGGCCAAGAGCAUGGCGGGACAGCUGAUGUGUAUGGUCCUCAAUGAGAAGGGCCACUGUUCACAGUCCUUCAUUCUCAAAGUCAGAAGUAACAACCAAGAAAUGAAGAAACCAGAGUUUUUGAAAGAAAUUGAAGAUCAAGAGGUCAAAGAGGGUCAACAUGUCAAAUUUAGGGCAAAGGUCAAAGGGUAUCCACUUCCCAGAGUUGUCUGGUACAAAGAUGGACAUCUGCUGAAAAAUGGCACUAAUUAUAAGAUGGAAAAGUUUGGAAACAGAGAUUACCUAUUGAAUGUGGAAUAUGCAACUCCUGAGGAUGAUGCGGAGUAUUGGGUUGUUGCCAAGAAUGUUGCAGGGGAGGCAAAAUCAACAGCCCAGCUGAUAGUCCAAUCCAAAGAACUAGAUUCCUCACCAAAUACCAGUGCAUCCCUGAGUAAAAACAAGGAUGACCAACAACUGGCCAACAUGGGGAGGAAGCUGUUGAUGACCCACGGGCAGGUCACGGAGGAGACUGAGAGGAUGAUGGAGUCUGCUAAUAAGAUGUCAGACAUGCACUCCUCACUGGAUCAGUUUGAUGCCAUGCUCUCCUCAUUUGAGGCAGAGAUGGAGGUGUCGGGUUCCUCAACGCCUCGCCCUCCUCCGCCCUCAGAGUUUGCGGAUGAGGACACUCUGCUUAAACAUGAUCUGCGUAAGGGUGUGGAAAAUUAUAACAGCAUGAAGGAUGCAGCAUCCAACAUACGAAACACCACCUCAUCUGCUUUAAAACUGUUGAAAUCCACUGAAAAUCUCAUCAACUCCCAACCGGAGGAAGAUGCAUUUGCCUCAGUCUCUGUAAGGGACAGCACUCUGUCUCCAAAAUCUAGGCAAGACCAGGACAAUAACAAUCUAAGCCAGAAUUCCACACAGAAACUCUUGGACAAUGUGGUGUCAGAGCCGGUCGCCAAAGUACCCAGCUUAGAUCUCUCCGAAGUCCCAAAUGUGAAGGACACUGAUCAUGUGACCUCCGAAACUGUGAUAGAAGAAUCACCUGCCUCAAAGACACCUCAGGAAAUUGUGAAAGUGAGGAGUGAUUUGCUCAGUGAGGAUGAGGAGCCGACUGUCGUCAAUUUUGGUCCAAAGGAGGUUUCUGGGGAAAUGUAUGGUAGAGACUUCUAUGUACAGACAGAGAAGAAAACGUCGCCCAGGCACUGGGAGGUCAAGCUACCACAGUAUUCCUCCCGAGGGGGCAGCGUCAUGCACCCAGAGGGCCUCCAUGAGACGGAAGAGGAGAUUUACAUAACGUAUGGUCACAUCUGUCAUUUGGAGGAAAAAAUUCAUAACCUCGAAUAUUGCUUAAAUCACACGCCCCUGUCCCACAAGAGAAAGCUCCGAGACUUGGAGGAUGAGGUAGCCCUCGUAGUGGCCCACACUAACCUCUCCGAACAGCGUGUUGUAAAUGUGGAGCGACAGUUGGAUUUGAACAACUGUCCCUCAAUCUCCACUGGUCACGCAGCAGAAGACAGUGUCAGUAGUCUCUCUCCCAGCCUCUCCAUUGAUUCUGGGUUUUCCUCCAUACGGGAAAAACCACAACAGACUCAGAUGUUUGGAGAAUCCAGCGAAAUGGACAUUCCCGAGAGCCGAACCGAGUUCAACGAGGAUAUGGGAGCAGCAGAAUUGCCGUCGGUGAAUCGUCUCAAAGCACUGUUCAACGCAGGAAAGGGAGAUGACUCUGCAUCAGUGAAGCGGUUUGAAAAUGUUCUAGACUCAGGGGUUCACAGUAUAACGGGGCGCAGUGUUCCCAAGGAAAAGCUUGAAAAAUACAGGAAUGUUUUGUCCCCCAUGUCCAAACCUGUCCAGUCCUCAGAACAACCCACCCCAGGAAAGAGCACACUGAAUGUGACUUUGUCUUCAAAACACCCAGGGACAAAACAUAUCGAUGCUGAGCCCACCCAGAUUUUUCCGGAGAAAAAAGGAGAUUUUUUCCCGCAAUCACCCAAUCUGAGAACUUCAAGUAGUGUCACCUCUACAAAGACAAUAGCUAGUGCAAAAACCAAAGCUGCUCCACCCCCUCCAUCGACCAAUCAAGGAGCAGCAGCAGCAACAUCUGUGUCAAGGACACAGGUUCAAGGUAGCUCUGGGUCAAGGUCAAAUAAUGAACCUUCCCAGAGUUCAUCUAAAGUGUCUUCCUCACAAGGUGCUCCAGCUAAAGGUAAAACGAGAAUUCGAUCUGGGUGCAUAAACGCUCGAGCCUCUUUUUGGGAGAAGCGCAUCCAUGGAGAGGACACUAAGGAAGAGGAAUUUCCGGAAAUGGUGGAACAUGUCGAUGAAUGAAAGUCUUGGUUUCAGGGAGCAAACGUCUAUUGUACUCUACGUAUAUGAAUGUAACAUUGUUUAUGCUUAUUCCAAAACUUUCUGCUGAAUGUGAUAUACAAAACUCUAAUGUACUACAUGUAUAAGCAGCAAAGGAUCUUGAAUUCAUGAAGAAAAUCACUUGUGUAUUUGCAAUAUUUACUCAUAUGCAGAGAUAGGUUUUCUAUUUAUUUUUUACCUUUAAGAUAUGCAUGUAUAUUCAAGUAUACUCAGCAGUAAUCGUAUAUGUAGGCUAAUAGGUGCAUUUAUGUGGGGGUCUUUUUUGUGUUGUUCAUGUAUCAUAUUUCUACCACAAAAAAGGUUUCUUUAAACUGUGUAUUGUAAUUCUUUCAUUGGAAAUAAAAGUUUUGGUUCAAAAACAGCUGAGAAAAAUCUACAAAGUGUAAGGAAAUUGUAUUAUUGUUAAUUCUAGAUAUAUAUGUUUUGUUGAAGUCUGCAUGAUGAUGAGGUUGUGAUAUCAAUCAAGUCAGAUUAAACUUAUUUUAAUAAAACUAGUUUUCUUUUAAUAUAGAUGUUAAAUGUAUUAAAAUGAACAACUGCCAUACAGUGAACUCUGCAUCUUUUGUUGUUAGUUGUUUUGUUGUUAUUUUAUAAUAACCAAUGAUUUUCUCUCUUACAUUUUGAUAUUAUACAUUCCAUAUGGGUAUUUGUUAACUAGCCUGUGAUUUGUUCAUAUAUUCUAAGAAUAUGUCACGCUGGUAUAUAUUUAUAUCUCAAUCAAAUAAACCUUCAAUGAAUACUUCUACUGUAAUGUAUCAUAAGUGCAAUAUCUUCAAAAUACAAUUAAAAUGAUAUUUUUUCAUUGAA